CCGGGCACUGGAAGCGUUUUAUUCAUUUAUUCACGAAAUAUUUAAGAGCCUACUAUUGUGGCAGACCCUUCUAGGCACUGAGGAUACAGCGAGCAACCCAGCGUUCCAGUCCUACCGCUGACUUAGUAGUCGCCAGACCCUGAACUAGAGAAUAGAAAGGCAGGAGAGAGAGGCUGCCAUAUUAAGUAUGAUAGUUGGACAGUCACAUUUGCUGUAGGAUGCAUGCGAAACAUUUAAUGUUGAGUAGACCCGACAAGUUCCUUUACAUCCCCAUUAGCUUUUAACUUCGGGUGGACCCAACACCUUUCGUCAUACCUUGUCACUGAGAAAAGUGUGUUAGAGCCUCAAAUCGUGGGUGUCCCCAUAUUCGGACAUUUACGGUGAUCUUAGCCGCGGGCGCCGCGAGGACCUGGGGGCGUGGGCCCCGCCCCCGUCCGCUGCGCGCGUGCGCUGGGAUAAAAGCGAGGCCGGCCCGCGCGCGCCCAGUGCCAGGGCAGGGGCGGUGCGGCGAGCGGCUGCAUGGCGCGGGGCGGAGCCCGGCGGACAGCGGCCCUGGGUCUGGUGCUGCGGCUGCUGCUCGGCUUCGGACUGGGCCUGGAGGCCGUCCCGACCCCAGUCCCGAUCCCGUUCUUGGCCCACAGCCCAGGCUCGUGCCCGCCCACCAAUUUCCAGUGCCGCACCAGUGGCUUCUGCGUGCCCCUCCCUCUGCGUUGCGAUGGCGACAAGGACUGUCCGGAUGGCAGCGAUGAAGAGGAGUGUGGCAUCAAGCCUUGCGCCCGGGACGGACAGUGCCUGCCGCCCACUGGCAGCCCCUGCCCUUGUGACAGCAUCGAUGACUGCCCAGAUGGCUUCGACCACACUGUUCACAACUGCAGUCGCCAGCCCUGCCCGGCCGGGGAGCUUCGCUGCCUGUGGGGCAGUGCCUGCAUCCCCCGCACCUGGCUCUGCGAUGGCCAUCCCGACUGCCCUGCCUCCAGCGACGAGCUUGGCUGUGGAACUGAGACGCCCCAGGAAGGGAAUGCCACAGCCAUGGGGACCCCUGUGGCCCCGGGCACUGUCACCUAUCUUGGGAAUGCCACCGCCACCUCGUUUGGGGACCAGGACUCAGUCCAGUCUGGAAACCGAAGUGCUUGUGGGGUUAUUGCCGCAGCCGUGGUGCUGAGCGCAGGUCUGGCUGCCAUCUCCUUGUUCGUGUUGUCCCGGCUCUGGGCCCGGGGGCGCCUGAACCAGCUGGGGCUGCUGAUGGUCGUGAAGGAGUCCCUGCUGCUGUCGGAGAGGAAGAGCUCGCUGCUCUGAGGACGAGCUGCUGCCACCACGUCUCCCGGGCCCUGGGCACGGCCACUGCGGGCACAUCAGCCCUCGGACGUGGCUUCUUCUGGCCAUGCAGCACCGUGGACCUGAGCUCCUGCAGAUGUGGCCCUGGAGGUCGCGGGCACCUGGACCCUCGCCCCAGAUGCAGGAAGCCUGGCCCGGGAGCACAUCACAGCCGGAACCUAGGGGCUGGCCCCAAGCUGCUCCGGGGGAUGGCCCCAACUAGACACUCCUGCUGCCUCUGUCUGAGGGUGGUGAUUAAAGUUACUUCACAUCC